AUGGCCGAAAAGCCUCGUCUUUCGGUACAAUCAGAGAAAGUCUUGUCCUAUGCGAUCAACCCUCACCUCCUCGCCUAUUGCCCGCGGACAGAUCUACUUGCGGUUGUCACCCAGGAUGAAGUGAUCGAGAUUUAUCGCAUUGGUGGUCAACGUGCUUUCGUUGUCAAAAGAAAGAGCCCAUCUACAACUAUCGUCGGCCUCGAAUGGAUACGUGAUGGUAAAUGCCUGGCUGUCGCUCUCAAUACCGGUUAUGUGGACAUUGUUUCCGGAGAAACUGGCAAAGUCAUCAGACAUGGCGGUGAUGAUCCUUUCAGCAUCGAUGCCGCAAAUCCCAAGUCCAAGACGACUCGCGGCGAAAUCACUUGUCUAGGCUGGGGGACAGUACUGACACGAGAGACGGCCAACACGAGGAAAUCAUCAAAAUCUGGAUUAGAUCAGUCCAUGAUUGAUGGCCUCUGGACUCGCCUCGGAUUGAAGCAUGAAGAUAGGCCGCAAACAGACGAUGGGGACGAUGACCUGGAAGCGCAAGGGCAAGAAGCAUUGCUAAAAGAUUUACCUCGACAAUUAGCAUACCUCGAUGUUGAGUCUGUAUUACCUCGACUCAGCCCCAUUCCUACUCGGCAUACUGCAAGCGGCCGAUACGACAUGUUCUCCACGCAAGCUGCUCUAGACGACUACUUUGAUUCGAUGCAAAGAAAGGAUCGCCUUGCAGCAGAUGUCAUGUUUGUGGGCCACGCAGGUGGCAGAAAUAGAGUCACGGUCGACGACAUUCUCGAGAUCAAGUAUACACCAGACUACCCAGGUGCUGAUAUAAUGUGGCCUAUGGAAGAGGAAGAGGAAACACCGCAUGCUCUCGUGCCUCUAUCAUACACAUCUCAUCCUCGAUCAAAGCUUCAUGCUUUGUUACGAGCAGAGCCUGAUGAUAUACUCUCUGAUGUCUCCCAGCCCGGCCACAAGAACCUCCAGCUGAGUCUGUUUGAUAUUCCGCUCAUGUCAUCUGGCGGAUCACAUCUGCAUCUGAUUGUCUCACAGACAGCACAGCUUCGCGAUCUGUGUGGUUACAUCUCGUGCAGCAUUGUAUCGGCCAAAAGCGACUGGACUACACAUACCAAUCUGCCCUCGAGAUUUAUGGAGAUGAUCAACGAGACACUGGAGGAGAAGGGCGAGGGUGUUCUGGAAGACAAUCUGUACCACCUCGCUAUGACUGGGAACUUUACACCAACGAUUCUGGAAUGGCUGCGCGAUGAAUUGGCAGAGCGUGGUCAUAAGAGAUGGGAUCACGCAAUGACGACAUUAUACACAGAACUCUCCAAGAUCUUGCACACUAACCUCCUACCUGUCCUCGAACGCAGUGCUGUUGUCGCGACAAAUCUUCGAGGCCUGGCCCGCUACUACUCGGACACACCUCACUUCAACGUACCACCAGAAGUUUUCACCUCUAUCCUUGCAACUCUAUCAUCCCUUCAGCUUCUUGUUCACGAAACAGUGCAGAUACUUGGAAGAGAGCAAAGACAAUUCCGUGCUUUCUCCAAAUGGCUGCGACACCAAAUUGAUCUCGCAGCUGCCGAUCCAGACUCGUUGAGCGCCAAAGAUAUGGCCGAGCGCGAGACACCACAACUGGAUAUCUCAAACACAUUAGCAUAUCUCGAAGGUGGAUUGACCAAGAGCCGCUUGAAGGCAAUCGUCUUCUCCACUCCUGAAAUCGAGGCUUCCCAGCAGCCAACAACCAAAGAUCUUAUCAGCUGCAUCCACUCAGCCAGAACCGGUCAAACCGACGCCGAAAGCGAGAAACUACUUUCGUUACACUUAUGGAGUUCCCACCUCACCCACGUCUGUAAAUCCGCCCAUCAACACAUCACUCUCUGGCAACAAAGCUCAAAACCACAAACCCUGGACAUACCCUGCAGAACCACCGCCACUUCCUCCGUCCAAUCUCACCUAGACGUCCGUAUGCUAGAAGCCUCACCCCAGCAUUUCGAAACAUUCGUCCUAGGUGUGCCGAGUAAGGCUACCUACGACGAUGAUGAAAUCGUGGAAAUCGCACUAUGGCACCAUCAUAUAGGUCCCGCAGGCCUAUCCGGCGAAACAGGAACCGGAUGGAGAAGAAUCGGCCUCCCAGCUUCUUCUUCCUCACCAUCAUCUCAAAUCACAGCUCUAAAAUUCCUAGAUGAUGAAACAUUUCUCUGCCUCUUCACCUACGAAGAUUUCCACUACUUGCUCUGUAUACCUUAUCGAUCUCAAACCGAGGACUUUAGAUUCGAAUGGAGGAGUAUGGAAGAGAUGGAAGAGAAGGGGUUGGUGGCGAAGAGGUUUGAAAAGGGGUGGGUGCCUGGUUGGGUUGUUGCUAAUGGAAGGACGGGGAGGAGGAAUUGUGUUGUUGUUGAGAAGGGGAGAAAGGCUUGGAAGACGUUUGAUCUUGAGGGGUUUAGGAUGGGGUUGGGAAGGGAGGACGAUGAGGAGGAGGAGGAGGAUAUGAUGUUUGGUUGA